AUGGCUGAUCAACUCAACAUGAACGGCCUCAGCCUCGUUGAGCAGCAGGCUCCCACUGGCGGCCGCUCCUACAUCCCGCCUCACAUGCGAUCCCGCGGCGGUGGCCACGCUGGUGGCCCUCCCGCUGGCCCCCCGGCCGGUCCUCCUGCCAUGAACGGCGGUCUUAACAACAGCGCCUGGGCUGGUAACAACGCCUACGACGCUCGUCCUGCUCCCGCUGGAUGGCCCACCCCUGGCGCCCCUGCCGCUCCCGCAUUUGAUGGUCCUCCCCCUCCCCAACAGCGCGGAUCUGGCUGGGGUGGCAGAGGCGGCGGUGGCGGUGGAUUCGAGCGCGGCGGCUACGCUGGCCACGGCGGCCAAGGCGGCGGUCAAGGUGGCGGCGCUCACGCCCGCGGCUCUGGUGAUGGUCAGUGGAGAGAUGGUAAGCACGUCGCCGGCCCUGCCAACCCGCGCGUCGAGCGCGAACUCUUUGGUACCCCCGACGACCCGUCGAAGCAGCACACCGGUAUCAACUUUGAGAAGUACGACGACAUCCCCGUCGAGGCUUCCGGUCACGAUGUCCCUGAGCCCGUCCUGACCUUCACCAACCCUCCCCUGGAUGACCACCUCAUCCGCAACAUUGAGCUUGCCCGCUACAAGAUGCCCACCCCCGUCCAGAAGUACUCCAUCCCCAUCGUCAUGGGCGGACGUGACUUGAUGGCUUGUGCCCAGACCGGUUCCGGAAAGACUGGUGGUUUCCUCUUCCCCAUCCUGUCCCAGGCCUUCCAGACUGGCCCCUCUGCCACCCCUGCCGGUGCUGGUGGUUUCGGCCGCCAGCGCAAGGCCUACCCCACAUCGCUGAUUCUGGCUCCUACCCGUGAGCUGGUCUCUCAGAUCUACGAGGAGUCCCGCAAGUUCGCUUACCGAUCCUGGGUCCGCCCUUGCGUUGUCUACGGUGGUGCCGACAUCGGUUCCCAGCUCCGCCAGAUCGAGCGUGGCUGCGAUCUGUUGGUCGCAACUCCUGGUCGUCUUGUCGAUCUCAUAGAGCGUGGUCGCAUCUCGCUCCAGAACAUCAAGUACCUGAUUCUCGAUGAGGCUGACCGUAUGCUGGACAUGGGUUUCGAGCCUCAGAUCCGCCGAAUCGUCGAGGGCGAGGAUAUGCCCAACGUCCAGAACCGCCAGACCCUCAUGUUCUCCGCCACCUUCCCCCGCGACAUCCAGAUGUUGGCCCGCGACUUCUUGAAGGACUACGUCUUCCUGUCGGUUGGACGUGUUGGUUCCACCUCGGAGAACAUCACCCAGAAGGUCGAGUACGUUGAGGACGUUGACAAGCGCUCUGUCCUUCUCGACAUCCUCCACACCCACGGCGGCGGUCUCACCUUGAUCUUCGUCGAGACCAAGCGCAUGGCCGAUUCCCUGUCGGACUUCCUUAUCAACCAGAACUUCCCGGCCACCUCCAUCCACGGUGACCGAACCCAGCGUGAGCGUGAGCGCGCCCUGGAGAUGUUCCGUAACGGCAGAUGCCCCAUCCUCGUCGCCACUGCUGUCGCUGCUCGUGGUCUCGAUAUCCCCAACGUUACCCACGUUGUCAACUACGAUCUCCCCACCGACAUUGACGACUACGUCCACCGUAUCGGUCGUACCGGUCGUGCAGGUAACACUGGUUCAGCCACUGCCUUCUUCAACCGCGGCAACCGUGGUGUCGUCAGAGAGCUUCUCGACCUCCUCAAGGAGGCCAACCAGGAGGUUCCCGCCUUCCUGGAGACUAUUGCCCGCGAGAGCUCCUUUGGCGGCGGUGGCCGUGGCGGUCGAUCGGGUGGUGGCCGUGGUCGUGGCCAGGGUGCCAACCGUGACUUCCGCAAGUUUGGCGGCGGCGGCGGCGGCGGCGGUAGCGGCUUCGGUGGAGGCUUUGGCGGUCCUCCCUCGGGUGGCAGCUACGGCGGCGGCGGCGCUCCUGGCGGUGGCUUCUCCGGCGGCGCUGGAGGCUACGGCGGUGGCUACGGUGGUGGCUACGGCGGUGGUGGUGGCGGUGGCAGCUACGGCAACCCUAGCGGUCCUGGCGGCCAGGCUUCCUGGUGGUAA